AUGGAGAUUUCGCUCGACGACGAUAGCAGCAGCUCAUCACCCAACUUUGAGUACAAGGGCGCUCACCAGGCGUUCAGGGAUCGCUGGAAAGAGACAGAUGACACCAUGUGUCGCCACAGCAUGUCCUUCCACCUGCACCACACGCUGAGGAGCGAGUUCUUCGCCAGCUACCUUUACCUGCUGGAGAAGAUUCCUGUGGUGAAACUGUUUCCUGUCACCUGUGAGUACAUCAAAGGAGAAAAACAGUUCUACUACAGAGCUCAGCAGUUCUACCAGGACGUGCCCGCCUCGGAGGAGGGCAUGAUGGGAGAUUUUGUGGAGAUAAGCAAUGUUGAUCUGGAGGGUUCCCGGCAGUUUCUGAAGAGGUUUGUGGGUCCUGGUAAGGCUGGAACACACUGCGCCCUGGACUGUGGCUGCGGGAUCGGCCGUGUGACCAAAGGCGUCCUCCUUCCUGUGUUCGAGAAGAUGGAGAUGGCGGACAUGAUGGAGCACUUCCUGCUCCACGCACACGAGGAGUACCUUGGCGACGACGCCGACCGCAUUGAGACCUACUACUGCUACAACCUGCAAGAGUUCACGCCUCCGAAACACAAGUACGACGUCAUCUGGAUGCAGUGGGUGGCAUGCCACCUCACAGACAAGGACCUGCUGAACUUCCUGAUUCGAUGCAAGAGAAGUCUGCGUCCGAAUGGCGUCAUCAUCAUAAAGGAUAAUAUGGCGCGGCAGGGCUGCAAGCUGGACCCCAUUGACAGCAGCAUCAGCCGCCACCUGGACAUCAUGAAGAGCAUCAUCGCCAUGGCCGGCCUGGAGAUCCUGGCCAUCGAGAAGCAGGAAGGCUUCCCUGAGAUCAUUAUGCCUGUCUGGAUGAUUGCUAUGAAGUAGAAGUGACAUUAUUACUGAUAAAGAUUCAG